GCUCUCGUUGCCAUGGUGUUCACUGCCGCUGACUCUGGCGGACUAGGCCGCGGCGAGCCCCAGCUUUCGCAGCCACGGGUGGUGAGUCCGCUCGCCCACUCUGUCCGACCCUCCCAGUCACCCACGCCCGUGCUGGCACAUCCCGUGGCCAGGGCCGCGAGGGCACCGCGUCCGCGCCCACUUCCCGCCCUUAUAACUUGAAAUCAGCCUACGGCCCAGGGGCGUCCUCAUUUCCGGAGCGCAAACUCUGGGCCAGGCCCGAGCUGGUCGUGGAGGAGAGCCAGGUCAGAUGCGGGAGGACAACCGGACUCCGCCAAGGACACCCAAGCACAACCGGGAGAGGAGCCCGGAGAGAGAAAGGAGACAGAGGGCUGUUGAGGCUGGAAGAGUCAGAGGCCUGCUGAAGUGAGGGCUUUCAGGGAAAAGGCCUAGUUGGCUGAAAGUUAGGGUCCCCAGGCCCACCUAGAGCCUUCAUCCUUUGCAGACUAGGAGCAGGAGACCCCUCCCGACUCUACUUCCACUGCCUGAGCUGUGUCAUGCCUCACAGCCCAGUAAGGACUCUGGAAGAAUGAGGUCCUCCCUGAUACCUUUGGGGCCCCCCGUGAGCCGCGACCGUGUCAUCGCCACCUUCCCUAAGUGGUACACGCCAGAAGCCUGUUUGCAGCUCAGGGAGCACUUCCACAGGCAGGUCAGCGCUGCCUGCCAACGCAGAAACACGGGGACUGUCGGGCUCAAACUCUCCAAGGUGGUGGUGGUUGGCGAUCUCUACGUGGGGAAGACCAGCCUCAUCCACAGGUUUUGCAAGAACGUUUUUGACCGAGACUACAAGGCCACCAUUGGGGUGGACUUUGAAAUUGAGCGCUUUGAGAUUGCUGGAAUUCCCUAUAGCCUCCAGAUCUGGGACACAGCUGGGCAGGAGAAGUUCAAGUGCAUCGCAUCUGCCUACUACCGGGGCGCCCAGGUGAUCAUCACGGCCUUUGACCUCACUGACGUGCAGACCCUGGAGCACACCAGGCAGUGGCUGGAAGAUGCUCUGAGGGAGAACGAGGCGGGCUCCUGCUUCAUCUUCCUCGUGGGAACCAAGAAGGACCUUCUGUCAGGAGCGGCAUGUGAGCAGGUCGAAGCAGAGGCCGUGCACCUGGCCAAGGAGAUGCAGGCCGAGUACUGGUCGGUGUCGGCCAAGACCGGCGAGAACGUGAAGGCAUUCUUCAGCCGUGUAGCCGCCCUGGCAUUCGAGCAGUCGGUGCUGCAGGACCUGGAGAGGCAGAGCAGUGCCCGGCUCCAGGUCGGCGAUGGAGAACUAAUCCGAAUGGAAGGGAGUCCACCUGAGACCCAGGAAAGCAAGAGGCCCUCCAGCCUGGGCUGCUGCUAGCUGGGGCCUGCGUGGAAGGCCUCUGCUCCCUGCACGCACACGGACGGGAACUUCUGUGACUGGAGCGGAGACUGGAGCCCGAGCUCUGCAGUGGGUCUGCCCUCAAGCUGUAGUUCCAGUCCCUCCACCCAUCCACUGCACUCAGCCCCAGGGCACAGUCACUUCUCUGUUGCAGGUUGGGCGCUAGAAAAGGCCCCUGCUGGCUGCCUGGGAGCCCCACACCACCAGGCCAGUGCAGGCACUGUGGUGGUCCCCUGAAAGGCCAGUCCAUUUGCAGGGUCAUCAGUCACCUUUGGCCUCAAGAGGCCUCAGAACUGCAAACUCCUGCACUGGUCUAUACCCCUCGGCCAUGGCUCACACCAGCAGUCAAUCCUGCACUCUUUCCCAGUGAUCUUGGAUGUGUCCCCAGGAUCCAUCACAGUGUUCCAGGCAACAUGGACUUGUCAAAGUCAGCAUCUGAGGGAGAGGCCACAUGCCAUUCCCCCUGGGAGUUUUCUCUUGUCACCAGGACUUACAGUUCUGGGUGUCAGAGCUUCAGGCCUCACUGUCCUUCUGCCCCGGAUGCUCAAGGUUCCGGGGAAGACCAGCACCUCUGGAGGACAAUGGACAAAGUCUCUUAGACCUAUUCUGGCUGAAGGGUUGUCUCUGGCACCUCUGAGAUCCCUAGGUCCUGCCCUCCUGGUCAGUGGGCCAGGAUGUGCAGAACAACCACUCAGGCCUUUCUGGCCCACCUGGACAGUGCAUUUACGUGUGUGCUGCGGGAGGAAGGCUGCACAGCUGUCCUAGGGUAACUCACUCUGCAGCCCUUGAACGUGGCACUGCCCACCUCUGGCACUCAAACUGGGCCUAUGCCCACUGCUGCCUCUCCAUCCCUCUCUCAUUGGCCUGCACAUCUCUUAGGACCUUUGUAAUGGUGUCCAUGCAUCUUUGGAGGACUUCAGAGGCCCUGCCGAGUCCAGCAUGUUCCCAUCUCCGACACGGCCUCCCCCUGCACACGCAGAGCAGGUGGAAAUACUCAACACCUUGCCCAGCGUCUCUGCCCAGUAUGCUUGUCCAUGGAAUCUUCUCACAGCUAUGAACCAGCCCCACCGCCCCAUGCUCCUGUUGCCUGGCUAUGCCCACUCGUCCCACCCACCCCGUGCUGUUGCUUCCCGUAGAUGGUGAGCACCUUGCGGGCAGGCUUCUGAUCAGUGCCAUUCUCCUAGGGCCUGGCACACUGCAGCUGCCCUGUAAAUGUUCAGCUCAGCGAUUGCCAAAUACCAGUUAGGGAAGAACACUGGCAUCUUUUUCUGUUCAUUCUCCCUUGGACAUAUUUUUUGCACAUUUUUAUAUAAAUGACUUUUUUUUUUUUUUGAGAUGGAGUUUUGCCCUCGUUGCCCAGGCUGGAGUGCAAUGGUGCCAUCUUGGCUCAUUGCAACUUCU